CUGAAGUUUCAAAUGAUUAGGUGCACCCAAUUUUGAGAAAAGUUUUAUAAAUAUUUUUACGAUUCACAUGUCUAGAAUGACCUUUUUAUGUCACUUUAAGAACUCUGUCUAUGUCAUACAUGUACACAUGCUAAUGUGUAUGUUUGGCACGAAACUCUACCAAGUUUCCUGAUCACGAACACAAUUGUGUAUGAGAUUUCAAAAUAGUGUAUCUAGAAAAAAGUUCAACUAAGUGUAUACACUAUACUUCAAACAGAUAUUUUUAACAAUGUGUCAAGAUACAUAUCAUGGAACUGAACCUAAUUAUCUAAACUGAUGAAGAAUAAGAUCGACUUAGUUUCGUUAAUUGGCUUCGUCUACGUUUUCUAUAAUAUGUUUCGUUCAAUGUUUUCUACAAUCGGUAUUUCUACUUCUCUCCAAACCCACAAUUACCAGCCACACAUUUCUGUCAUAUAUGUAGAAUUAAUUUUCGGGUCGGGAAGGCAUGAGAGACAAACACGCGACUUAUUGGAUUGGUCGGUAAAAGUUAAUUUAUUAUUAGCACAUAGUGCUCAGCUCUGAGGUUCGACACCGAUUACUGCUCGAAUUCGAAAGACGGUUAGGCGAUCGGACACAGUCAUACACACUUAUACAUUAGGUGAGCUACGGUCAGGUGUAAAUAAGGCAGAGGACGAACAAGUGAAGAGAGAAAGAUAGCUCGAACUCCUGUAUCCUACAUAUAAUCUACAUACAUAUAAAAUAAUCAAUUAACCCUUGAACCCUCUAAAAUUAUUGGAUUAUUAAAUUAACUUUUCACACGCUUGAAUCAGUUACCCUUAUGAAAAUUGUUCUUUUAAUAAGCAACGAUAUUACUUUACGACAUCGUGACCGUUAAGAUCUAUAACAGGCCUCAAUGCGUUGCCAUAUUUACAUUAAUAUUCUUCUUUAACGUUUCUCUAAAGUUAUCCUAAGUGUAUAAAAAAUGAAUUCAACAACCGAAAAUAGUUCCAUAGUUGGGAAUAAAAUUAGAAAGAUUGAGGUUUAACGAUUAUCCCACUCGCUGAUUCACACUGUACGUCACGACCGUCACGACCGUCACGUACCGUCACGUACCGUCACGUACCGUCACGUACCGUCACGUACCGUCACGUACCGUCACGUACCGUCACGUACCGGCACGUACCGGCACCGGCGUGACGGAACGCGUUUUAGUGGGGCGACCUAGCUUCUCACCGUCAUCGACCUGCGCGUUCAGCCAACGGCACGGACCGGUACCGACACGACAAACAUUGAAAAGUGCGACAUAGUGGGAUUACCUAACCUAACCAGUAUCGACCUAGGCGUUCAGUCAACGACACGUACUGGCGCCAGCGCGACAAGACACUGAAACGGGCGUCGGUGUGGUGAAACUAUCCAGCCUAACCGGCACCGACCUGCGCGUUCAGUCAACGGGACGUUCCGGCUCCGGCCGCCAUUCUAGAGAGCAUUUUGACGGUGCGUGUCGGUGCUGGUCCGCCGGAUGGGAACUAAUAAACCCAAGAUGGACCAGGAGAAACUAAUCGAGUAUGUUAGACUAUGUGAACCUUUAUAUGCAAUUAACCAUCCGAAGUAUAGUGACACUAUGUACAAGGAAAACGUAUGGAGAGGAAUAGCGAAGGAAAUGAAUUUUCCAGCGGCUGGUUGUAAGAAAACGUGGACAAGCCUCCGAGACUCUUUCAGAAGAGCCUUGAAGAAGAAGCGUGAAACAAGAAGUGGACAGUCCGCUUCAAAGAUGAAAAAAUGGAAGUUCGAAGAUGAGAUGUCCUUCCUACUACCAUUUAUGCACGAAAGAGAGACAGGCAAUAAUUUAAAAGAUUUCAGCGACGAUGAUAACGAGGGCGAACCGAAUGAAGACGAAUCCGAUGAUAGGAAGGACAAUAUAGGGUUCGAUCGAAACGAUGAUGAUAAGGACGACGUAGACGAUAGUGAAUUACACUUUGACGACGAAAGGAAGAAGAAACAGAGAGAAUUCAACAGAAAAGGUGUCUUUAAAGUACCCAGGGACAAGGGAAGUCGAUCACAAGUACAACCAGAACCGCUAUCAACGAUCUUGAUGGAAUAUCUGCCGGAUAAUAAAACCAUUACCGCGCAAGUAACUCCACCGAUUCAACAAUCCUGUGCAAUAGACACGCUCUUUUCGUGUUUCGCUGCAACGGUCAAGAAUUUCUCUCCGUAUUAUCAGAACUUAGCUAAGUCGCAACUGUUCUCCAUCAUCAGUGAUCUUGAAAUGCAACAAAUUAUGCAGGAGCAACAAUUUGGUGUGCCCAAUACCCCGGCACAACGGCAACACUCUACACCAGUGUCGACAACAAUUCCUCCGCAAUCUCUACAAGGAUAUCAUCCUGGACAGUACAUUGUACCAUCUUCUCCAUUACCACCGCAGUCACUUUCGUCGACAACAAUUCCAACUUCGUGUCCUUCGACAUUAACAGUUUCAAGUUCAAUUCCAUCGAUAUUGCAUGAUUUUCCGACAACUUCGGUGCCACGUGUCGGAGAGCAAACGUCAUGCACCGAGGAUACGAAAAUGUAAAUUCAUUAAAAAAAGAACCCUUACCCGAAACAUGACAAUUCUGCCGGUACAAUUGACUUGAUAAUACUGGCUGGAUCGGUUCCAACGAGUCAUACGAUUUACCUGACAGUAAAGUACUUGUAAGACUCGUCAUAUUCCAGCAAGUUUUUGGACACUUCUUCGAUGCCUUCCUUUUAUUAUUAUUAUUAUUAUUUUUUAAUACUGGACUUACUUAUUUUCAAUUUCAGUUCUUAAUUAGUUUAUCUUCAGCUUCAAUUUCGUUAAGAAGGAUAAGAAGCAAUUAGUCCACGAGACUAGGGGAAUUAAUUAAUCGCCGAUCGCCGAUUAAUCUAUUCAUUGUAAUUGAAAAAUGUGAACCUGCGUUGAAGCAGUCUGAACAUGUAUCGGUUUCAAUUGUUCGUGGCGGUUGGUGCAGUACAGAGUGAAUCAACCCUAAUAAUGUCGCAAAACAGCAAUUCCUUUUUUUAUUUUUUUUUCAUUAAUGUAAUUUAUCUCCCCACCCAGAUAGACAAAGUAAUGCAAAAUUUGCGGCAUAAAAGAUCAUGAAAUGAGUCAGGCUGCUUACGAAUCCUAUCUUGAAACUCAUAUAAGUAUAAUAUUGAUACAUCUAAAUUUAUCUCACUCAUUGCCGAAUAAUACUUAAAUAUGAAACAAAGUUAAGUACAUGCAAUGUCUCAAUGUUUGUACGCAUACGUGCAACUAAAUUUCUAUCCCACAUUGCUGAUAAAUAAUUGCAGCGUCUGUAGCUCAUAUUUGAGCCACGGAGUGAUAAAUUUACCGGAAAAUUUUUCUUCAAAUUUAUUGUGUAACAUGCGUACAUAAAUCGCAGACAUUUCAUGCAGCAAAUGGUCUGCAAAUUGUUUGUAAAUCGAUCUUCCUAAUAAUAUGACGAUCAUGAACUUCUAUCAGGGCACUUACAGAGGUCUUCAUUCUGCAAUUGCAGUCUACCGAGUGCAAGCGUUAAUGCGAGUCUCGGAUCGAUCAGCCUAACUUCUAUAUCCUUUCUAUUCAUUUACAUAGGUGAAUAAACUUAAUAAAUUUAAUAUUU